CGAGCAUUUCUAUUUGACAGAUCACAGAUGAUUGAGUAGAACGAGAUUAAAAAGUUACUGUUGGUUGAAACUAGAAAGUAAAUAAAUAUUUAGAAAUCUUUCAAUCUGAAAAUAAAAAGAAUUAUUAACUUAAUAAUUGCUGAUCUUUUUAGGUGAGGUGGCAGCAAAUAUAAAAUGUGUGAUAUAUUGAAAUCUGUAAGAGAAGAAAUAGCUGAUAUUGAGAGUGUGUGUAUAAAAACUCACAUAGGGUCUAGUGAAGAAGUUUAUAAUGCAGCACAACCCUCUUUAGAAAGCAUGCCACUUGAGAUUAUUUUGAAAAUAUGCUCAUAUUUGGAUGCAGAAUUUCUUAAAACUGUUCUAGGCAAAGUAUGUAGCAGAUUUGAUGAUAUUUUAUCUGACGUGAGCCUAUGGAAGCAUAGAGUGAGUUGUAAAGUAAGUGGGAGUUUUCCACCACUAUCUAGUAUUGACACUAGUAUUGAAGAUAACGUGGACUGGACAGAGAUGUGUAUUGAGAUGGAGGUUGAGAAAAAUAAGUGGUGUAAUGUUGAUACAGAAAUGAGCCAUUUUGUUAUUAAAGAUGUCCAUUAUGCAUCUGUGGAUGCUGUGAUUCUAGUUAAUGAAGGUAAGACAUGUAUAUCUGGUGGAAGAGACAGAUGUUUAGCAUUGUGGAAUGUUAUGGACUUCAAAUCAGAUGAGAGUUGUGAAGAUAAUAAUAUUCUCAAUGAUUUCAAGCCAACAAAGGUAAAGCAUGAUGCACACUCGGGUUGGAUAUGGGACCUUGCCACCAGUGAUGUUCCAGAUUCAUACAUUUACUCUGCUUCAUGGGAUAAUACAGUCAAAGCAUGGGAUAUUAAAAGUGAAUUUGAAUGUGUACAAACAUUUCAGUGCAAAAUGUCCGCCCUGUCAGUAAUAGCAUAUGGUUAUAAUGUAAUGGCUGGUUUAUAUUCCAAGAAAAUACUAACAUUCGAUGUCAGGAAUGGAAAUUUACCUGUUAAUAUGUACAUGCCUCAUAGAGGUCCAGUGUUGGCUUUAACAACUUAUGGAAAUCUAGUAGCAUCAGUCAGCGAAGACAAAACUUUAGCUAUAUUUGAUAGAGUAGCUGGCAAAAUAAUGGAAAAUGAUAUAAAAAUACCAUCAGACAAGGCAUACCCUGUAUGUUUGAGUUGGAAUACCUAUGCCAUGUAUGUCAGCGAUUCAAAAGGAACUCUGCACCUCUUCAGUCCCAAUGACCAUAAAUACGUAAGGUCUCAUGAAUUGUGGCCAGAGUCAGAUUCAGAAACCGAGCGAUCAAAUAAAAUUGUUGGUUGCUAUCAAGGUCAAGGAACAGUGAUAUGCUGCUCGGAUAGAGGACAAAUCAAGUUUUUAUACAAUUGCAGCCCGCCUAAAGAGUAUCAUAGUAUUCAAACUAAUACUGCUGAUGUCACAAAGUUACGUUAUUUAAAUGGAAUCUUAGCUGUUGGUACAUGUGACGCAGCUUUGGAAUUCUGGAUACCGAAAGAAGAAUUUAAUAAACCUAACUUAUGAAUAUUUUAUUCUGGGCUUUAAUAAGGAACUAUAGUCUGGCAAGUUGUUGAUAACACUCCCAUGAUAUGCGGGCGACGGGGGGAAAGACUGCGUGUGUGUGCAAAUUGUGCGUGCAUCAGUCGUGGGUAUUUCAUUCAUUACUACACGCCCCCCUGCCCGCAACAUCGGGAGUGUUACGAUCGAAGUUGCCAAGUAUAGAUGCUCCGUUUUGAAAUAACAAAUGAAAUUAUUUAUAAUAAUGAGUUAAUAAGCUUUAUUUAUCGUAAAAUUGUCUAUAGCUUCAAUUUAACAACGCAAUAAGGACAAUUAAUAUAAUAACAUAAUAUGUAUAGCUUGGCAAGUUUUUGAUGACACUCCCAUGAUAUGCGGGCGACGGGGCAGGAAGGGUGUGAAGUCGUCCGCGCGGUGCAGAGGGAGGACUGCGCGGGUAUGAAGUCGGCGCGUGGGGGCAUCGCUAGCCCCUUCCGGCCCGCGCGGACCAUGGGAAGUGUUACGAACGAACUUGCCAAGCUAUAGUAGGUAUUACAAAUACUUCAACACCUCAUUUAUAAGUGAUUAGCCACUAAUUGUUAUUUUAUUUAUUUUAAAAUGCGAGGUGAAUUACUCAUUAUAUUUGAAUGGCCCGCUACAGAGCGCCCCUUCUUUAUAAGAAAGGGCAUAUGGAGUUUUAACCCACCAUGCUGCUUUAAUGCGAGUUGAUAGCCUUAAGAUCACAGAGUAAGAAACUAUAAUACAUCUUUGCUUAGGAUAUUAUUGACUCUUUGACAAUCAGACGUUAAUGUUAAUGACUAAGACUUUUCUGAGGCACAGACUGUAACCACAACUCUGGGCUACUGUUGAGAAUUUCUUGGAAGAAAAUCUCUUUAUCUCCCAAGACUCGAACCCAUGAUCGAAUGCCACGUAAACUAAACACUGAACCAACUAUAGCUAGUUAUUUUACUUGUUCCAAUAUUUUAUAUUUAUGACCGUGGCUAAUAAUACAUACACACUUACUCUAAUGAUUAAAUGUCCAGAGUUCAGAGAGGCUAUAGUGGCUAAAGAUACAUAAAUGACUUGUAUCAUGCACAACUUUGCUAAUAGACUGAGCUUCCAAUUCUGACCCCUCCGACCAAUCAGUUUGUACCCUCAUUGUCAGUGUAAACACAAAGAUAUACCUGAUCAUUUUGUAUUUUUAUAACGUGGAAUAAUGAAAAAAAAAUUGUUCUAAAAUCAGUAGGUAUAGUUUACGCGACGAUUAAUUGUGAGCGCUCACUUGGGGUGCUGUUAGUGUAAGCAGUUUGUAGAGGACUGAUUUAGGUAUUGUACCUAAAUCAGUAUCAGCCCAUUGUGAACGUUCAGUAAGUAUAGUCUUGCAAGUUCGUUGAUGACACUCCCAUGAUAUGCGGGCGACGGGGGGAAAGACUGCGUGGGUGUGAAAUCGUGCGUGCGGGGAAGUGAGGUGCAUCAGACGUGGGUUUUUCAUUCAUCGCUGCACGCCCCCCCGGCCCGCACGGACCAUCGGCAGUGUUACGAACGAAGUUGCCAAGCUAUAGUAACCGUUGCGCAACAUGUACAUUGCGAUUCAAACUUCAUGACAUAUCUGAAGUUAGCUGCGGAUGUAGCUGCACGCAGGUGACUGGAAGGAGAGAAGCUCGUGCGAGAUAUCACCUGCCGCCUUGUCGCCGCCUUGUCGUUCCGCUGAUACCUAACAUUUUGCAUUGCGCAUCUUAGCGAUAAUGUUCAUAAGUGUCAUAAAGUUUGAAUCGGAUUAUAUGCUUGUCUAUAAAGUCUGGUUUUAUAGACUGAAAUAACACUUUUGCUUACAUGGUCAAAUCGAAAUAAAUCAAACCGCGUACCUACAUAUUAAAUAGAUGUUAAAUCUUAAUGCUAUAUUCAUGGAAACCAAUUACCUAGUCUUUUGCUAAUUAAAUAAUUAAGCAAGUAAUUUACCUUACAUACGUAGGUAAUGUAACUAAAUAAUUUACGUUACUUUAGGUACCUAAUCAAUUAAAUUCAAUGUUCUUCACUAAAAUUUUACAGAAUCUUAUUAUCUACAUAUACAUAUUUAUACAAUUAAAUAAUUUAUAAAUUAAA